AGACAAUAAAUAACCUAAAAUGCCUUAAAAGCAUCAGUAUAGUAAUUGGUUCCCUUCCUUUGCAGUCUCUUAAGAGGUAAAAGCUUCAUUCAUGCAUUGUGGUGCUGGGUCAGCCUGACCUGUCUCUUCAAAAGCCUCUUCAGAUGAAGGAUUCAGAGAAGCUUUGGAACAGAGACAAAUUUAAUUAUUAUUCAAAGAUGAAUUCAACCCCAAAAAGAAAGGGAAAAGUGCGCUGCCAUGCGUGACAGGGCUAACACUCCCCAUCACCAUCACCCCCCCACCCCCUUUGCUUCAUGUGCAUUGCCUCUACUUCACAAGUUCCACACUGCUCUAUUGUUCUGCACCGGACAAGUUAGGCAGAAUGCGCCGGCCUUUCAAUAGCUUUUCUCAACCAAAGUACGAGCUGUAUCCAAGCAACAGGCAAAUUUAAAAGGCCUUCUUCCAAACUUGAAGAGAUGUGAUGUAAAACUGAUCAACUUUAAAUGAGGAGAGCUUGCACACAUCAGCCAGACUAACUCGUUCAGUCAAGGAAAGGACCAGCAGCUUGAGAAGACAUCAGAUUCUGCAGUGGAGUCUUCUGUUUGCAGAGGAGUCCCUCUCUGACUGACCCUUUAAGAGGAGUGACUAAGGCUUAUAUGCAGGGAAGAUUAGGAUGGAGCUACCGAAUCAGGCCAAAGUCAAAGCAGAACUGGAGGGGGCAGGACUGGGGAUCAUAGUAUCAUUAAUGCUGUUUCUGCUGCUGAUUUUAUUAGCCUACAAAAGAAGAGACAAAUCUGCUGUACCAGGUCCCUCUUGGUUGUUGGGUCUCGGCCCCAUUCUGACCUAUUGUAGGUUUCUGUGGACUGGUAUCGGCACAGCCUGCAAUUACUAUAAUGAAAGAUAUGGUGACAUGACUCGGGUUUGGAUCCAGGGAGAGGAGACACUCAUUCUGAGCAAAGCCUCUGCUGUGUACUAUGUUCUGAAGAGCAGUAACUACAUUGCUAGAUUUGCCAGUAAGAGCGGACUGAGAUGUAUAGGCAUGGACGAGCAAGGCAUUAUCUUCAACAGCAACAUCCUGCGUUGGAAAAAGGUCCGCACAUAUUUUGCCAAGGCCCUGACUGGCCCUGGUCUCCAGAGGACGGUGGGUGUGUGUGUCAGUGCAACCAAUAAGCACCUUGACGUCCUGUGUGAUCUCACUGACUCCUCCGGCCAUGUGGAUGUUCUGAAUUUGCUGCGCUGUAUCGUGGUGGACAUCUCCAACAGACUCUUCCUCAGAAUCCCUCUCAACGAGAAAGAGCUGCUACUGAAGAUUCACAAAUACUUUGACACCUGGCAAACAGUUCUGAUCCAGCCAGACAUUUUCUUCAGGCUGGACUGGAUUUGCAGAAAACAUCAACAAUCUGCGAAAGAGCUCCAGGAGGAGAUGGGAAGUCUUGUGGAGCAAAAACGCAAAAUGAUCAACGCAAUGGAAAAGCUGGAUGAGACUGACUUUGCAACAGAGCUGAUAUUUGCUCAGGACCAUGGAGAGCUGUCACUGGAUGACGUGAGGCAGUGCGUGCUGGAGAUGGUGAUUGCGGCCCCAGACACUCUGUCCAUCAGUCUGUUCUUUAUGCUGGUGCUGCUGAAGCAGAACCCUGCAGUGGAGCAGCAUGUAGUGCAGGAGAUGCAGUCUGUGUUAGGUGUGCGGGAGGUGGACACAGCUGACCUGCACAAGUUAACGGUGAUGGAGAGUUUUAUAAAGGAGUCUCUGCGCUUCCAUCCUGUGGUGGAUUUCAUCAUGAGGCGAUCGCUGGAGGACGACUGCAUCGAGGGCUACAAGGUGGCAAAAGGGACAAACAUCAUUCUGAACAUUGGACGCAUGCACAAAAAAGAGUUCUUCCCCAAACCCAAUGAAUUCAACCUGGAGAACUUUGAUGUCAAUGUGCCCAGUCGUUACUUCCAGCCAUUUGGCUGUGGCCCACGUGCAUGUGUGGGGAAGCACAUCGCCAUGGUGAUGAUGAAGGCCAUCCUGGUGACGCUGCUGUCACGGUACACGGUGUGCCCUCAACCAGGCUGUACGGUCAGCACCAUCCCACAGACCAACAACCUCUCACAGCAGCCCGUGGAGGAGAACCCACAAAGCCUGACCAUGAGAUUCAUAUCCCGCACUGUACUCAGCCAACAUGACACUGCACACCCAGUACAGGAGCAAUAAGCAGCA